AUGGGGAGGAAGAGGGGAGAGGUGGGGAUGGGGAGGAAGAGGGGAGAGGUGGGGGUGGGGAUAGGGAGAGGGAGGAAGAGGGUGGAGGUGGGGAUAGGGAGGAAGAGGGGAGAGGUGGGGAUGGGGAGGAAGAGGGGAGAGGUGGGGAUAGGGAGGAAGAGGGGAGGGGGGGUGGGGAUAGGGAGGAAGAGGGGAGAGGUGGAGUUGGGGAUAGGGAGGAAGAGGGGAGAGGUGUGUCUGGGGAGGAAGAGGGAGAGGUGUGUCGGGAGGAAGAGGGGAGAGGUGGGGAUGGGGAGGAAGUGGGGAGAGGUGGGGAUGGGGAGGAAGAGAGGAGAGGUGUGUCUGGGGAGGAAGAGAGGAGAGGAGAGGUGGGGAUGGGGAGGAAGAGGGGAGAGGUGGGGAGAAGAGGCCCCAAUCACAACAAUUUGCUCUCUCUAAACAUCCAUUUUAGAGUAAACUGUCUGUAUAUGAUGAGUUAGUGUGUGUGUGUAUGAGAUAGAGUGCUUGUGUGUGGUGGGGGGGGAUAUUGCUUGUGUGUGGUGGGUGGAGGGGAGGGGGGGGGGGGGGGGGGGAUAUUGCUUGUGUGUGUGGUGGGGGAGAGAUAUUGCUUGUGUGUGUGGUGGGGGGGGGGGGGGGGGGGAGAUAUUGCUUGUGUGUGUGGGGGGGGAGAGAUAUUGCUUGUGUGUUUGGUGGGGGGGGGGGGGGGAUAUUGCUUGUGUGUGUGUGGGGGGAGAUAUUGCUUGUGUGUGUGGUGGGGGGAGAUAUUGCUUGUGUGUGUGGUGGGGGGAGAUAUUGCUUGUGUGUGUGGUGGGGGGGAGAUAUUGCUUGUGUGUGUGGUGGGGGGAGAUAUUGGUUGUGUGUGGUGGGGGGGGGGGGGGGGAUAUUGCUUUUGUGUGUGGUGGGGGGGGGGGAGAUAUUGCUUGUGUGUGUGGUGGGGGGGGGGAUAUUGUGUGUGUGGUGGGGGGGGGGGAGAUAUUGCUUGUGUGUGUGGUGGGGGGGGGAGAUAUUGCUUGUGUGUGUGGUGGGAGGGGAUAUUGCUUGUGUGUGUGUGGUGGGGGGGAGAUAUUGCUUGUGUGUGAUUAUGACUGCUUGUGUAAGUGUAUGAGUACAUGUGAGUGUGUAUAUAUGAGAGUGUAAGUUCAUACCCCCCCCCCCCCCAAACCGGUUCUCCAUUGAGGUCCUAAGAGGGCACCCUUCUUGUGAGAAGUGUUAGAGUCAGAGGUCUGGCUUGGAGCCUGUGGCUCUGGGUAAUGCCUUGUGCCCCAGCCCGGUGACCCAGAACCGCAGGCCUUUGUUCACUGUACUGGUUUGAAGAGAUACGUUUCCCGUCUUGGAGGGGGGGGGGUCUUGGGGGAGUGACAGCGCUAAACGGCAUGUUGGGCCCCUGAGAAAUGGCCCUUAGUGUCAGUGGUGGUUGUUGAACCCUAUCGUCUGUGGUCCUUUGAGUGUAGUGUGUGUGUAAGAAAAAGUAGUGUGUGUGUGUGUGUGUGUGUGUGAUUUGUAUAUAUUAGGUUCUGUGUGUGUAGGGAGUUGCUUUCGAGGGAGACACUGUUUUGUCGCUGUGUGUGUAUUCUGUGUAAGUGAGAGGUUGAUUCAUAGAUAGAAGCUGUGUUAAAGGGAGAUGUAGGGAGUUUAUCUACUUAACCAGUCAGACGCAACGUUGUAUCUGUUUCAAUGGCGCUGCUCACAGACGCCAUAAUGGAGUACAAUGUUGCGAUCUCUAUACAUCUCUAUGCGACAACUGGGAAAGAAUGAGGAAGUGAAUCUUGUUUCUGAUGAUUAUCAGUGAAAUUAACGAAUUUAUAAAAUAUUGAUUACUAUGUAUAGCUUUGUAAGACUAUAAAUUACCAAACACCCAGUUUUGGAGGAGUUAGAGGGUCUAAUCCCCUGCUUUUGGCUACUGUAACAGGAGAUUUACAGCAAUUGUGCUAAGCUAACGAUAUGCUAACUUCAAUAAUCUCCAAACUGCACGAAGAGACAUAAAAGUGGUAUUCAUGAGUUCAUCUGACUGGGUAAGUAGAUAAACAACCUAAAUCUCGCAGUAUCCCUUUAAAGGAGAUUGCAUUUUUUGGUGUGUUCUUUUCCCUUUCCCCAUGCAUGACCUCUAUCAGAACCAUGCACAGGGCCCACAGAUACCCCUCUCUCUCUCUCUCUCUUUUUCUCUCUGUCUCUCACUAUCUAUCAUCCGUGACCUCUACAGAGUGUGUGUGUGUUGGCUCAGGCCCACCUCACAGGCUCUAUGACAGCUACCAUCCAACACAAACACCUCUCCUCUGUCUCUCCUCCUCGCUAUCCACUCUCCUCCAUUUUGUUAAACCCCCACUCUCUCUUUUGCCUCUGUCCUCUGUUUCCCAUUUUCUCUCUCUUACUACCGUACUCUCUAUCCUCUCCUUUCUCAAGGUUCUCUCUCUCUUCCUCCCUUCUUUCCCUUCCUAUUGAUCCCUCUCCUUUCUCUCUUCCUUCUUUACCUUCCUCACUCUCUCUCCUUCCCUCCCUUGCUCUCUCAGGUCAGUACAUGCCUCCCUUCCAGAGGAGGCUGGUGGGAGGAACUAUAGGAGGACGGGCUCAUUGUAAUGGCUGGAACGGAAUAAAUGGAACGGAGUCAGACAUGUGGUUGCCAUUUGUUUUAUGUGUUUGACUUGGUUCCAUUAAUUCCAUUCCAGCCAUUACAUUUUUACAUUUGACAUUUUAGUCAUUUAGCAGACGCUCUUAUCCAGAGCGACUUACAGGAGCAAUUAGGGUUAAGUGCCUUGCUCAAGGGCACAUCGACAGAUUUUUCACCUAGUCGGCUCGGGGAUUAGAACCAGCGACCUUUCGGUUACUGGCACUCUCAACCACUAAGCUACCUGCCGCCCAAUGAGCAAAUCCUCCCAUAGCUCCUGCCACUAGCCUCAACUGCUCCACUCCCAGUUUUCUGUUUCACAUUACCAAGUAUGUAAUUAAUUAUGGUGAGCAAACAAACUCUCUGGGGCCUCCUCUGUCCUAUUGUCUAUUUCCCUCUCCUAAGCCGUGAGUUAUGGACCUGCGACUGACUGUACAGAGAAGCAAGAUGCACCGCCCGCUUUGAGACCCCGGGUGUAGGUAGUAUAGAGCAUAAAAUAACAAUAAUACACUCCCCACACACCAAGACACACCCACGUAGAAACACACAAUCUUGCGCACAGACACCAAAACAUGCACACACACCAAAACAUGCACACACACCGACUGGAACACACACAUAAUCAGGGCCAAGACGAUACCAGUAUCGCAAUACUCAUUAGUAGCAUGGCAAGGAAACAAAAUAUGAAGCGGAUUUCACUUCUUUAGGUAAACAGCACUAAUGUUGGAAACAAACAUCAUUAUGUUAUCAUCUAGAGUCACAUUUAUUUAUUUUUCAAACUAUAGCACACAACAUUUUACAUACAGCAGGUUUUGAAAGAACUAAAGAAUUUGAUCUACUUCGUGUUUUAAUUUUUGGAAAAAAUAUUGUGAUGCUGGUAUUGUCACAGCCCUAACACAACUGCACUGAAACACACAAAUGCAUACACACCCAUCCCCAGCACCCCCCACACACUCAUUUUCUCCAUUGUUCUAAGCACAGUCCCAUUGUUGUCCUUAUCUGUCUCUCUGGCAGAGGCAGUGGAGCUCCAACAUUAGGACUGACUUUAGUCAGCCUGUCGCAUGCUAUCCAGUCGAAUCUAUCCAGUCGAAUCUUGGCGCGCCUGUUUGCACCUACUGUAUAUUAUGAUGACAUUUUUGUGAUGUUUGAGUUUGUUUUGGUGUUCGGCAGGGAUUUUUUAGGCUGUUCGUGCACACCAAAUGUUUUUGUUGAGGCAAGUCGAAGUUCGGUAGCCGAAGUCUAUGCCCCUUCACCUGUGAUUGGUCAACAGUAUGGGUGGGAACUAUGAACGGGAUUCGUCAAUUAACUGUUUGUUGUCAUUCAACGAGAGACAACUCGUUUUCAUGCAAAUACUGCACCAAACAAUUUUGCCUAAUGUAAAAUUGCGCAACGAAGGCCUCCUCGGCAAAAACGUCGAAAUUAAUUACAGAUUUCUUGAUUUAUCUUAGAUUCAUUCAGACUAUUUUGAGGAACUGUACUGGCUAUGUUGUUGCUAUGGUGUCUCAAGAGGGACAAACAACAGUAAUACUGCCAUUAUUUCUCAUUUUGCAAGUGAAGGUCUAUUAGGGAGUAUGCGAGCACAGACUUUCGGUUACGCCUAGCCGAGUUCUGCUGGACGCAAACAGAACAUAGUAUGCGGACGCCUUAACCCACAGCUCAACCCCAGUGGAUGAGUACAUACAUGGGCCUGCUCUGGCACACUCCUGGGAAAUAGGCACAUAUGGCUGGCUGAUGAUUAACGGGGCAUUGUGUGAAUGUGGAAAUAGUUACAUGUCAUGAUGUGUGUAUUUUUAAUCACUCCACCCUCAUUCCUUAGGUCAAGGGUUUUAUGUUGAAGUUGCAGAGAGAAUAUUAGGCUAUUAGCGGACUCUCAUGAAAGCCAAUUCAUGAAUUAAAUAAAUUGGCAAAUAGAUUGGGUAAGGAUAGCCCUACAAUGCAUGUGAACAGGCCUGUAGGCUACACGUCAAUGCAAGACAGUAGGCUAUAAGUCCAACAUUCCACUGCAAUGCUUUACACGCCUGCUCUAGGUGCAUUCUCCUGGCUUGCUCCCAACCAUUUAAGAACUUUUCAAAUUGAGACUUCAGGGGGUAUACUCCCAACAUUUCCCAUAUCUGACUAUUUAUGACUUGUAUUACUCAUCUUCUGACAUUUUCCCUCUGUCAAUGUGCAAGUAUUCCACCGUCAUAAUCUGCGUUGUGAAAACCAAGGCUUAUUCAUGCGUUAAACAUGGCCUGUGGCGUAUUGAACAUCUGGCUUUGAUUGACCUCCUCUUUCCCUUGGUGGAGCUGUUCAUAUUAAGCCUCCCUCCUUGCACCUGGUCUCAAACGAGCUUGCCUUACUAGUGUCUCUCGUUCCUGUUGAAAGCUUGUAUCCAAUUUUAUGGACAACACUGCCUUGUCUGAUUAAUCAGGCUGUAAUACACAAUUAAUUGGUAUAUAUAUCCUGAAACUAAUGCCUGCAAAAUCAUGUAAAUGGUCCCUACAAGCCAGAUUUAAACUUACUCUAAUUUUAGACAAAAUAGCUACAGGAAUAUAUUGAUGAAAAUUGUAUAUUCAAGUAUUAUUAUUUUUUGUUGAAUUUAAAUCUUCAAAACCAUCUAAAAAUAUAUAUAUAUAAGGUGUGGAUGGUUCUCCAUCCUCCCCUGAUUCAGAAUAUAUGAUUUUCAUUGUCAUGGCAUGCUUGGUUCAAUAGCUAUUGAUGAGAACCGAAUAGGCCUAUCCAAUAUAAAACUAAUUUUACAUUGGUGCCAAAGCGAACCUAAUAGGCUACCUACCAGCUCUCUAAGUGGGGUAAACAAUACUUUCCUGUGGAUAUUUUGACUCAAAUUUUGAGCAGCUGAAGGACAAACCGCACAGGCAACCGGUAGAGUAAAGCUAGCAGCAUGGUCAAUCUGGAGUCUGCAUUGGCCUUACAGCAAUUACUGCAAUGCGGCCUCUGCAGAAGUCAGGGCAUUCAUACUUCUUGCACUUCACGGAGCAGAGCCACAGAUAGAACAAUGAGACAGAUAUUUCACUGGAUUUCUAAAUGUGAAGCAUCCGGUGGGCAUUUCCACUCACUACCAAAUAUGGAUGGAUUCUGGCCGACAUUCUGCAAAUGUUCUCAUCGAUUCAACAUUUGAUCUCAAUACAGUUCCCCAGUCUGCUGGGCACACUAGUGGACACAACUCUAUCAUAAAUCGUGGAGUUGAGUUUAGUCGGCUACUUUAAAUGUAAUUUUAUUAAACAUUCUGGCUUGUAAGGAUCAUUUUCAUGAUUUUGCAGGCAUUCGUUUCAGGCUGUAUAUAGCAAUUAGUUGGGUUUUACAGCCUGAUUUAAUCAGACGAACGCUGCCUGUGCUUGCUAUAGUAGACUAGUGUCACACGCUUUCGCCUCGGCGCUGCCUCUCUCUGACUCCGUCCAUGUCCGACAUGAUAAAAAACGAGUGCUGUCUAGGCCAGCAGGUUAAGUGGAAUGUCAGGCGGUUCGUAAUGAAUAGGAGCCGGUUUGUCUGACCCUUUGAAAGACAGAAGAACUCAUGAGCACCCACCACUCUCUGAUUUACGACCGUGCUCAGUGUCAAGGGAGUUUUAUCGAUGUGUUUUGCGAGCCGGGUCGUUAAUCAACAGUGGCGGCAGAAAGUUGAGGUAAAAUCCGAAGGGAUGACAGCAACACUACUCGCGCUGCUUCCCCAUUUUAAUGUGUCAUGUAAUUGUCGGUGAUCGUUUUUCAUGGGCGCAGUUGGAGUUGAAAGAGACAUCAGGGUGGUGGGGACUAGGAUGAUUGAUGGCAAGCAAAUCAAUUAGGCAUGGAGAGGUGAGAAGGGCUGUAACCCUAUAAGCAUCUAUUGGGCAAUGAGAAGGAGUGCUGCUGGUGUGGGAAUGGGGGUAGAAUGGGGAUGGAUGAAGGAUGCAAAUAGGGGUUAUGUCACUUCGUCAUUCAGUGUGUGAUUUUUGGCUUUUUGACAAGCUUUUGUUUUGCAUAGAUGUGUUCACAGAAUUUUUUUGUAUGAGUUUCCCACUCACCUGGUGACUGACCCCACAACUGGUACUAGCCUCUAUAGACCGACUGACAGACAGACAGACAGACAGAAACACACACACACACACCCUCCAUCUAACCCAGCGGCACUCAGUGACGCAGGUGUGUGUUGUGCCACUGAAAUGGAUGAUACUCCCAGUCAAAAAGUGACAAUCGAGCCAUUGGUUACAGACUUAAUGUGAUCGUGUGUGUGUCCCCGUCAGUCACUGGUGUUUGUGUGUGUGACUCCGUUUCAAGCAUCACCAACAUACUAGUAUAUCAGACGACUUCCCUAUAACCUAUUACUUGUUUUGUUAAAUGAAGACACAGUCCAUGGAGAUUUUAAAAUGACCUUAUUCAAUCAAAUCUGUAAACCAGGUUUCUAGGGGUUGACCUAAGCCAUUUGGAUUCGUGCAUUCAUCAAACGCAUCAAUACUCUGUGUGGAACAGAAAAACACCCAACUGAAGAGAAGAAUGUCACAGCCAUCCUUAACAAUUGGGAUUGAAUAGUGUACAGGGGGGUGUAGAGGCACCCUAUUUCCUAUAUAGUGCACUACUUUGACCAGAGCCAUAUGGGCUCUGAUGAAAACUAAUGCAUUAUAUAGGGAACAUAUGGGACGCACCCUAUCACACAGGUGGAGGGCCAUUUAAACCCAGAGCGCUGAUCUCAUGUCCACGUUGAAGCCGUUCCCUUCCUCAGGUCCUACAGUAUUUAUGAGUCCUCUCUCCCAAUCGCCCGUUCCUUCCCUGCUUUUUGAAUUCAAUGUCACUUUUUUUUUCAUGGGGCCACACUUUUAUAGCAGGCGUUUGUACACCGUACAGUCUUCUGCUUUUGCUCUCUCUCUCUCUCUCUCUCUCUCUCUCUCUCUCUCUCUCUCUGUCUCUCUCGCGCGCGCUCUCUCUCUCUCACUCUCUCUCUCUCACUCGCUCGUGUUUCUUUCUCUCUUCUCUCUCUGCUGUUUCUCUGUCAUUCUGUGCCAGUAAGUGCUAUUCCAUCUCUGCAGUCAUUUUUUACAGGCACCAGCCAGGACAGCCGUUUGUGUUUUUGUAAUUACUGCUGAGAGACGAGGUUAUAGACUGGAGGGGGGGGGAGGGAGGGAUGGGAGGGGGGGGGGGGCAAAGAGUGCUCCCACCCUGAUCAGUCAGUAGCCGCCUCCACCCUCUCUUUUCUCCCAUCCCUUCGUCUCUGAGAAACGUGAUGGGCCCACGUUGACGACACAUCUGUUACUUACUCACACACACUCGGACGGACACACACACACAAAGGUACCCUGUUGACGUGGGGCCCGGGUCCAGCUAUGUAGUUUGAGAUGUAAGGCGAGCCAAGACAAACAUACAGCCGGGCCGUUUGAGGCCUUUUUCCCUCCGUGGCGCCUCUAACGUGUAGACUCAUUUAUUUUCCCUGACGUUGCUUGUCCAACGGACUUGGGCUGUGUCCCAAAUGGCUGCAUGUUCCCUUAAUAGUGCACAAGUUUUAACCAGAGACCGUAGAGCUCUGGUCUAAAGUAGUCCACUAUAUAGGGAAUAGGGUGCCAUUUGGGAUGCAGCCUUGGAUGUCUUGCUCUGUCUGAAAUGUUAGGCAGGACUUAAUUUGAGUCUGUCUUGGAUCAAGGCCCCACAAAAUAUUAUAAAUAAUAUUUACCUGUCCAUAGGUAGUAAAUAAUCUUUUAACACCCCCAGUUGAUUAGACACUACGGAGGUUACAAUAAAAUGUUCCAUUGGCCGAUUGGAGUUGUCGCCGCCCGAGAGGCAAAUACUAUAAAUAAAGUUUAUUCAAAUGAGCUGAAUGGAGCUAGCUGCGUAUUCCUCCCGCAUAUCAGAAAGCUGACACCACACACACACACACACAGACAGACCCCCGAUUUAGGAGCAAGCGCUAAGCCUUUAUUUACCCAGUUGUCAUGGGGGAGUUGUUCAAACCUGUUGCUUAGCUGUGGAGGACACGAGGAUGGCUCGGCCUGACCGCGUGUGUUUGUGUGAAUGUAUGUGUGUUAUUUAGCGCAUGUGUGUGUGCUUUUGUGUUUAUGUGCUUGCGUGUAUGUGCUUUUGCGCAUGUGUUUGUGUGUGUGUGGGCAACAGACAGAGCGAGAGAAAGGCAGAGAGGGUAACAGAUGUGCGCUGUAUUGUCAGUGCGUGUGGACGGGCAGAGACCAGGUGCAGGCUUUGUUUCCAGCCUUAAGUCCACUCUCACCCCGCUGCAUUCAGUGCCUCGUGUCUUUACCCCUGCUCCCUCUAUCCCCCUCUCUCUCUCCCUCUCUCCUUCCCUUGGAACACAGUAUUGUGUCUCUCCCCUUGGCUGGGGGAGCUGGGGCCCUUCUGUCCCCUCUUUCUCUGUCACAGGUGACUGUUGGGGGUCCCAGCUGGCCAGCCUCUUGCCCGAUUAGAUCCAUAUGGCGGAGGGGGGGGGGGGGGGGGGGGUGGUUUGGGAUUGAGGCAGCAACGGUAGCGGUGGUGGUGCUAAGGGGCUGAUAGCUUAAACCUUUUGUGUCCUUGGCUUGGCGGGCAGCAUUCUCUUCUUGUCCUCUUUUUGACUUUCUCCCUCUCUAACUUUAAAUUUUUGUAUCUCUCCUUUUCAUUCUCUCUCUUUCUCUCGAUGUAUAUAUCUAUCUCCUGAGAGUUUUGUUGGUUGGAGUGCGAGGGCGGUAGGUAGGUGGGUGCAAUGGUCCGUUUUUGUGUUGUCAUUUCUUUUAUAUGGAUUUCUAAGCAUUCAGAGCUCAGAACUACCAAGGCCUUUUGAUGGAAAUGUAUCUUUCUAAAAACAGAAGUAGAAUUUGUAUUUUAGAAGCGCUCUACGUGUCUCGCUUGUGAAGCGAAAUGCUAGUCAUUUUGACACAGAAUGCAGAAGCUCUUUUCCAUUUGUUGUUUGAGACAUUGGUGCUGUUGUUGUUGUUGUGGUACUGUCACAUUGUCUGUCAGGUGUCCUUGAGUUACAACAUAAAGGUUAGCUAUGUGUGGGUUGGAAUGGCCACACGCCAGGAAAUGUUGUGCACGUGAAUGUUGCAGCACGGGUACUGACCAAGACAAGAUGAAGAGCAUUACACCGGAUUGAAGGUCUCUGCACUGGCUGCUUGUGAGUUUUAGAAUUAAUUGUACGAUUCUUCUAUUGCUUUUUAAAUCAAUCCACGAUUGUGCACCACAAUACAUUCCCACGGGGGGCCAGUAUGACAAAUGUAUGCACUCACUAAAACUGUAAGUCGCUCUGGAUAAGAGCGUCUGCUAAAUGACUAAAAUGUAAAUGUAUAUCAGACAUGCUUUUAAGUUAUGUACCCAGUAGGUCCCUCAGGUCCUCUGGCACUGGCCUUUUUAACUAUCCCAAAGCUAGGACCAGGAGGCAUGGAGAGGCAGCCUUUAGUUACUAUGCCCCCAGCCUCUGGAAUAGUCUGCCAGAGAACCUGAGGGGGGCCGAAACUGUGGACAUGUUUAAGAGAUCUUAAAACACAGCUUUGUAGCUUUGCUUUACCUUAUGGGGCUUUUAAUCGUUCAGUUUUAUUGUUAUUCUUUUGUUUUGUUUGUUGUGUAGUAAAUAUUUCAUUUUCGUUGUUUUUAUUAGUUUUUUCCUGUGAAGCACAUUGCGUUGCAUUCCAUGUCUGAAAUGUGCUGGAUAAAUAAGGCUUGAUUUGAUUUGAUGUAUGUUCAGAGGAAGCUGUCAGACAGUGAUAAGUGGUGAAUGCCUGCGCUGCCACUCCUCACUCCAUCCCCCAUUAGUGUCAAGAUGAGUCGUAGAUCAUGAAAAGACAUCUUUUGACCAAUGGGUAAAAUAUGUUAAUUGUGUAUAUAAUCCUAAAAAAAUAAACAAUGGUCCAAACCUCAAGUCUCUAUCAUAAUCCGUUCAAAAGUUAUUGGAGGUUUUACCCUAGUUGGAUGGCCAGAUGUAAAAUGUACAAUGAACAAAAAAAUAAACGCAACAUGUAAAGUGUUGGCCCCAUGUUUCAUGAGCUGAAAUGAAAGAUCCCAGAAAUGUUCCAUAUGCACAAAAAGCUUUUUUCUCUUUUACAUCCCUGUUAGUGAGCAUUUCUCCUUUGCCAAGAUAAUCCAUCCACCUGACAGGUGUGGCAUAUCAAGAAGAUGAUUAAACAGCAUGAUCAUUACACAGGUGCACCUUGUGCUGGGGAAAAUAAAAGGCCACUCUAAAAUGUGCAGUUUUAUCACACAACACAAUGCCAUAGAUGUCUCAAGUUUUGAGGGAGCGUGCAAUUGGCAUGCUGACUGCAGAAUUGUCCACCAGAGCUGUUGCCAGAUAAUUUAAUGUUAAAUUCUCUACCAUAAGCUGUCUCCAACGUCGUUUUAGAGAAUUUGAUAGUAUGUCCGACCGGCCUCACAACCUCAGACCACGUGUAUGGCGUUGUGUGGUGAGCGGUUUGCUGAUGUCAACGUUGUGAACCGAGUGCCCCAUGGUGGCUGUGGGGUUAUUGUAUGGGCAGGCAUAAGCUACGGACAACAAACACAAUUGCAAUUUAUCGAUGGCAAUUUGAAUGCACAGAGAUACCGUGUCAAGAUCCUGAGGCCCAUUGUCGUGCCAUUCAUCCGCCGCCAUCACCUCAUGUUUCAGCAUGAUAAUGCAUGGCCCCAUGUCGCAAGUAUCUGUACAUAAUUCCUGGAAGCUGAAAAUGUCCCAGUUCUUCCAUGACCUGCAUACUCACCAGACAUGUCACCCAUUGAGCAUGUUGGGAAUGCUCUGGAUCGACGUGUAUGACAGCGUGUUCCAGUUCCCGCCAAUAUCCAUCAACUUCGCACAGCCAUUGAAGAGGAGUGGGACAACAUUCCACAGGCCACAAUCAACAGCCUGAUCAACUCUAUGUGAAGGAGAUGUGUUGCGCUGCAUGAGGUAAAUGGUGGUCACACCAGAUACUGUCUGCUUUUGUGAUCCACGCCCCUACCUUUUCUUUUUUAAGGUGCAUAUCUGUAUUCCCAGUCUUGUGAAAUUCAUAAAUUAGGACCUAAUGAAUGUAUUUAAAUUGACCGAUUUCCUUAUAUGAACUAUAACUCAGUAAAAUCGUUGAAAUUGUUGCGUUCAUAUUUUUGUUCAGUAUAUUUUAUAACAUAAGGAAGUGAAAUAUCAUCACCAAAGCAUGUUUUCAAUCCACUCGGGGCACCCUAUGAGAUCCGGAGCCUGCUGGUUUUCUGUUCUACCUGAUAAUGAAUUGCACACACCUGGUGUCACAGGUCUAAAUCAGUCCCUGAUUAGAGGGGAACAAUGGAAAAAAUGCAGUAGAACUGGCUUCAAGGUCGAGUUGAGUUUUGGAAGCCUUAUAAUAUGCUUUCUUUCCUUCCUUGUAUCCUAGUUUAUUUUCCUGCAUCCCAGUAUGAGACUCAGAGCUUUUGUAACUGAUAAAUAAUAAAUAAUAAUAUGCCAUUUAGCAGACGCUUUUAUCCAAAGCGACUUACAGUCAUGCGUGCAUACAUUUUUUUUGUGUAUGGGUGGUCCCGGGGAUCGAACCCACUACCUUGGCGUUACAAGCGCCGUGCUCUACCAGCUGAGCUACAGAGGAUAACUGAUGACAUAUAAUUGACAUUUCUGUACCACACGCUCAAAGUCACUCUUAUCAACUAAACAUGCUUCUUCCAUCUGCAUUUUUCAUCUGAUUACCCACUCAAAUAUAACACAAUUAUCCUCAAGACACACACACGUGUCACAUUUGAUCUAGUUAUUCAAUGCAGUGACUCUUUUACGGGCCAUGAGGGAAUAGACCGCAGUAAGGAGGAUGUCGGCCAUUCCAGUUCACCGCUUCAUCUGUUUCUCGAAACCUCUCUCUCCCACCCCCAGUCUCUCCACAGCUGUUAGAUUGCUUAUUAGAGUGGGAGAUUGGAGACACCUGGUGCACAGGAGAUAUCUAUCUAUAUAAAAUAAGAAAAUAACAUGAACGAUUUAAGAGGUAGGCCGUGUCCAAAUACGCAUACUUGCGGCCUACAUAGUAGGCCAUGUGAGUUUGCGAUGAAUUGGUAUACUUUAAAUGCUCAGAUGUCAUACUCAUUUUGGCUUUUCAUCUAGUAGAAUUUUGGUACACACUAUUGAGGAAGAUAAUUGUCUUUUCACACCCACGUGUGUUCGACGACAGCUGAUAAUCAGAAUAGAGGAACAAUUCUCUACAAAAAUCAACGAUUUGGCGCGGAACAAGUGCGAUUACCAAUUCAAUGACGCCUUCUCUGUAUGGAUGAGUAGUAUGUUGAUAUUUGUUUCAUACUGCAUACAUUUGUCCUAAACAGUAUGUUCUAAAUAGGCUAUAGUACGAUUAGUAGUAAUAUACAGUAUAUGAAGGACCAAUGUAGCUGUUUUUAUCUCAAUAUCAAAUAAUUUCUUGGUAACAAUUAAGUACAUUUACUGUAAUUGUUUUCAAUUACAAUAGUCAAAAAUAAUAAAUGGCUUCUUAGCAAAGAGCAAUUUCUCAAGCAGUAAAUUUGCUAGGACUGUCUGAAAGCUAACUAGGUAUCUAUGCCAGUGUAUUCUAAUCUAUAGUAUUAUCCUUUGCGUGACAUUUAAAAAAAGUAAUUAAAAAGUAUACCAGAUCUUUGAAACAGCUUCAGGGAAUGUUCACAUUAUCAUAGAAAUAGAAGCUAUGGAAUGGGCUUCCACAUUCAAGUCAUUCUAGAUUAUAUUUCUAUGUACACUACAGCGUUACUUUUCAGGCACAUUUUUUCAUUUUCUUUGUUGUUGCUCUCUCUAUGUCUUCCUUUUUGUUCAUCCAUAUCAGGGAUAUGGUGACAGGUGGCACUCAGGCCAGCUAGAUAGACUUUUUGCACAAGGCCAAUAUUGACUGGUAAACAUAGGUGUCUCUUUGCGCUAACACUGGACCAUUUUCCCUAAUAGUGUGUGUUUGGGCUGAUGUGCCAGCUGCUCGACGUGUCCUUCAGACUGACAGUAGUAGUCACAGGUAGGAAGUCAUCCGGCUAUGGCCAACUAAUUUAAAUAUUACAUUAAAUGAUCUGUAACGGUGCCAUGCAAUGUCUUCUAGAUUACCUUUGUCAUAGCCAAGGUUUCCCUAUUUAAUUUGACUAGCGCGUGAUGCUAGAGCUGUAUGGUUACUGUAGUAAAUCAUGCUACAAAAUUGGCUUCAUAAAGAAAGCGUUCUUGUAAUACACAGUCUGUUCAAGUACUGGCCAUGUCCGAAUACCCAUACUUGAGUUCUAAAGUUUUAGUAAGUAGUAGUUAAGACAGAUUUUGGACACGGCCACUGUCUCACUUUUUAUGUCUUGGUAGAAAUGUUAUUUACAAAUCCUGAAAAAUUACCUCUUGAAAAGAGUGUGAACCCGGACAGUGUGGUAUGCUUUUGACUUGAGGCGGAUGUACUCAAGCGAAGCACAAAUCAAAUCAUCGUAAAACAACAGGUGUAGACUUACAGUGAAAUGCUUACUUACAGGUCCUUUUCCAACAAUGCAGAGUUCAAGAUAAAGAUAAAAAAUAGAGAGAGAGAAAUAGUGACACGAGGAAUAAAUACACAGUGAAUAGCAAUAGAGUAAAAGUAACAUUGCUAUAUACAGUGGGGAAAAAAGUAUUUAGUCAGCCACCAAUUGUGCAAGUUCUCCCACUUAAAAAGAUGAGAGAGGCCUGUAAUUUUCAUCAUAGGUACACGUCAACUAUGACAGACAAAUUGAGAAGAAAAAAAUCCAGAAAAUCACAUUGUAGGAUUUUUUAUGAAUUUAUUUGCAAAUUAUGGUGGAAAAUAAGUAUUUGGUCACCUACAAACAAGCAAGAUUUCUGGCUCUCACAGACAUGUAACUUCUUCUUUAAGAGGCUCCUCUGUCCUCCACUCGUUACCUGUAUUAAUGGCACCUGUUUGAACUUGUUAUCAGUAUAAAAGACACCUGUCCACAACCUCAAACAGUCACACUCCAAACUCCACUAUGGCCAAGACCAAAGAGCUGUCAAAGGACACCAGAAACAAAAUUGUAGACCUGCACCAGGCUGGGAAGACUGAAUCUGCAAUAGGUAAGCAGCUUGGUUUGAAGAAAUCAACUGUGGGAGCAAUUAUUAGGAAAUAGAAGACAUACAAGACCACUGAUAAUCUCCCUCGAUCUGGGGCUCCACGCAAGAUCUCACCCCGUGGGGUCAAAAUGAUCACAAGAACGGUGAGCAAAAAUCCCAGAACCACACGGGGGGACCUAGUGAAUGACCUGCAGAGAGCUGGGAACAAAGUAACAAAGCCUACCAUCAGUAACACACUACGCCGCCAGGGACUCAAAUCCUGCAGUGCCAGACGUGUCCCCCUGCUUAAGCCAGUACAUGUCCAGGCCCGUCUGAAGUUUGCUAGAGCGCAUUUGGAUGAUCCAGAAGAGGUUUGGGAGAAUGUCAUAUGGUCAGAUAAAACCAAAAUAUAACUUUUUGGUAAAAACUCAACUCGUCGUGUUUGGAGGACAAAGAAUGCUGAGUUGCAUCCAAAGAACACCAUACCUACUGUGAAGCAUGGGGGUGGAAACAUCAUGCUUUGGGGCUGUUUUUCUGCAAAGGGACUAGGACGACUGAUCCGUGUAAAGGAAAGAAUGAAUGGGGCCAUGUAUCGUGAGAUUUUGAGUGAAAACCUCCUUCCAUCAGCAAGGGCAUUGAAGAUGAAACGUGGCUGGGUCUUUCAGCAUGACAAUGAUCCCAAACACACCGCCCGGGCAACGAAGGAGUGGCUUCGUAAGAAGCAUUUCAAGGUCCUGGAGUGACCUAGCCAGUCUCCAGAUCUCAACCCCAUAGAAAAUCUUUGGAGGGGGUUGAAAGUCUGUGUUGCCCAGCGACAGCCCCAAAACAUCACUGCUCUAGAGGAGAUUUGCAUGGAGGAAUGGGCCAAAAUACCAGCAACAGUGUGUGAAAACCUUGUGAAGACUUACAGAAAACGUUUGACCUGUGUCAUUGCCAACAAAGGGUAUAUAACAAAGUAUUGAGAAACUUUUGUUAUUGACCAAAUACUUAUUUUCCACCAUAAUUUGCAAAUAAAUUCAUAAAAAAUCCUACAAUGUGAUUUUCUGGAUUUUAUUUCCUCAUUUUGUCUGUCAUAGUUGACGUGUACCUAUGAUGAAAAUUACAGGCCUCUCUCAUCUUUUUAAGUGGGAGAACUUGCACAAUUGGUGGCUGACUAAAUACUUUUUUCCUCCACUGUACAGGGAGUACCAGUACAUAUAGGUAGGGGUAAACUGAAAAAAUAAAUGAAUAUAUUGAAAGCAAUGGAGGGUUGGGUUUACUCCGACGAUGGAGUUGCAUAUCAGUUCUGAAAGAAUUCCCACAUAACAUACUAUUUUUGUUGUUGGCCCAGAUAUUGUUAUUAUUAAGUUAUGCGUCCCAUGGAUUGUGCUAUUGCGACAUCAUCCUCAUUUCCUGACCAUAAGGAGUGUGUGGAGCAUUGGAACCAGGGUGUGUGUGUGCGAUCCAGGCGGCUCCCUGCGACGUGCUGGCACGGUGUGUGAGUGCGUGCGUGUCUGUGUGCGUGCGUGCGUCUGUGUGUGACAGAAGCCCAAAUGGCUGUGUAUAGCCCUCCUUCCUGCCCCCUGCUCUAGUGAACAGGUGGAGUGAUAGCAGGCAGGCCACGGGAUGGAGAGAGAGGAGGACAAGAAGAGGGACAAAUGAAGGGUGGGUAGAGUCAAAGUGGGGCUCAGGUGCAGGGGCAGAGGGGGGCUGUCAAAUCGUGGGGUGCAACGGUGCAAGCCCGAGAGUUCAGGUCAACCCUCGCUGUUGUGUGGGAAUGUGUGUGUCCAUGCUUGUGUGCUGGCUUUGGUCAUUCAAAAGAAAAAUAUUGACUACAAAGCAAGCAUAUACCUGUGUUGCUUUUCCCUUUUCUGAGGGUUGUCUACGAACUAAUGAGUUACUAGAAUUAUUGUUUAUUUCAACAUGCCAAAUAACUCCACAUUGUAUUUCACCCUAGUUCUUACCCACGUUUGUAUUAACCCACGCUUUCAUAUGAAAUACAAUACACACUUAAAUGUCACUAAAGUACUGGCUAUUGCAUUCAUAUGUUUGUGUAUGAAGAGACAGACACUCAGUUCAUAGCAUCAAAAGAGCAUAAUAGUCCCACCCUAAAGAAAAGCCCUAAAACCAUGGAACUCUAUUGAAAAGAGCCGUCUCACCCAACCUUUGACCCUUUAAAACCCUGCUUGUCUAUUAAUCGUCCGUCUAAAAGCAGUUGGAAGCGUCUGAUCCACCCCAAAUGGAGACAAGAUGCAGCCUUCAUGGGAUCUGCCCCAACAAAGACGCCCUCUGAUCCAAAGAUUAUUACAAUCUCUCCCUCUCUUUCUCUCUCUCUUUCUCUGUCUCUCUCUCCCCAUCCCCUGAUCUGGUGGUCCCAUUCAGUUCAUUCAUUGGCCGUGGCAUAUUGAGAAGUAUGCGUUUAACAUUCAAAAGCUUUUGCUUCUCUCCCCCUCUCUCUUCGGCCCCUGUCCCACUGGCUCAAUGAAAAGCCAUUCUUCUCCAUGAACACAAUGGUUUUUCUUCAUUAGCACUUCUGCCAUGGAUCUCAAUGGAGGGGUGGAGGAUCUCAAGGCAAGGCUAGACCCCAAGACAUCUGGUUUCUCUAGUAGGGUCUAAAGGGGGUGGGAGUGGAGGCGGGGGAGGUUCUGACAAAGGAAAGGACUUGAAGAGUCUCUGCAUUGAAAAUAUUGAGCUGAAUCUGAAAAUGAGGCUUAGGAUAGUGUUUAACUUGAGUGGCUGAUGAUCAAAACUUCAAACCUACUUACAUUUACUUACAUUUUUUUUGUCAUUUAGCAGACACUUAUCCAGAGCAACUUACAGUAGUGAGUUCAUACAUUUUCAUACUUCUUUCGUACUGGUCCCCCGUGGGAAUCAAAACCACAACCCUGACGUUGCAAGCGCCAUGCUCUACCAACUGUGCCACACAUUACCAUGUACGUACAGAUGUGUGUGCCUGCAUGCAAACUGUGUCUGAAUGAACACCUCGACCACAUAAUGACCACUCCCCACAUGCACCUAUUGACCACGCAUCCUCUCUCUCUCUCCCCCCCCCUCCCCUCUUUCUCCCCCUUCAGACAGUGGAGAGAAGAAGACCCCUGCCAUGCCCGGCUCUCCUGUGGAUGUCAAGACUCAUUCCAGACCAGCCCCCAGCAGCAGCAGCAGCGCCACCAUGCCCCCCCUGCCCUCCAUCAACCCUAGCGGGCCUCGGCCAGCCUCCUUCUCCUCCACCACACGUGAGUACCGCGCGCCGGGGUGAAGUUUCCCUUAGGUGCAGAUCUAAGAUCACGUUCUCCUCCCCCAAUCGCAACCUUACACAUUAGUGGGGGGAAAUACAAAACUGACCCAUGAUAAGCUUCUAAGGGCAACUUGACCAUACACAGACUCGCCGACUCCAUGACAGCGCCCACUGCCACUAGCUCCCCCUAGAGGAGCCUCCAAGGGCCUGCGCUUUGGGGUGAAUCGUAACUUCACUUAGUUUUCACUUAGUGCAUGGCUAAGUGAAAAUUGUGACAUAAAUGGAAGUUAGGAUUCACUCCUUUUUUAAUAGCAACCAGCAGAUUUGAGCUGUGUGAUUCAUAAAUUGAUUAGGGCACGUGUCAAACUCAUUCCACGGAGGGCCGAGUGUUUUUGCUCCACCCUUGUACUUGAUUGAUUAAUUAAGGUCACUAAUUAGUAAGGAACUCCCCUCACCUGGUUGUCUAGGUCUUAAUUGAAAGGAAAAAACAAAAACUCGCAGACACUGCUCUCCGUGGAAUGAGUUUGACACCCCUGGAUUAGGGGAUUGUGGUACAUGAUUUUUGUGUAUCCUGAUACUGUAAAUGUAUGUCUUCUUGUCUUCGUCUGCCUUAAUUCAUGGCCUUAAAUCUUAAACAUGAUAAAAGAUCUGACGAUUCCAAUAUGAAAGAUUGCGUCAACCCAUUCAGUCUAUCAGCUCCUCCGGUAACUUCUUUGACCUCCUACGCUGACCUCUCUUUGGCUCUUCUCCCACCCCGUGCCACCUCUUCCCUCCCCCAGUGACCAAUGGGAUCCACCACUCCCCGCCCAUGCUGAACGCCGUGCCCUCACCGCCCCAGCGCUACAGCAACGGGCCCAGCUCCUCUUCUUCCUCCUCGCUGGCCAAUCAGCAGCUCCCGGCCACGUGCGGUGCCAGGCAGCUCAGCAAGCUCAAACGCUUCCUGACGACGCUGCAGCAGUUCGGCAAUGACAUCUCCCCCGAGAUCGGAGAGAGCGUCCGCAACCUGGUGCUUGCCCUCGUGGUAAGUGGUUGAUGAAACAUUUUAGGAACGAUGGAUGGAACGCCUGUAAAAAACCUUGUCACUUUGCAUUGUUCUGUAUUGAUGUGUUGCAUUUGAUUUGAGUAGCGAUUUGAUAAUUUACCCUCGGGAUGAAUAAAGUGAAUUGAGUUUAAUUGAAUUAUAUAUUUCAACAUAAAUGUUGAUUUCACUACAAAUCUGGCAAACAUAUACUGACCAAAAAUAUAAACCAACAUGCAACAAUUUCAACGAUUUUAUUGAGUUACAUGUAAGGAAAUCAGUCAAUUGAAAUAAAUUAAUUAGGCCCUAAGGAUUUCACAUGACUGGGCAGGGGCGCAGCCAUUGGUGGGCCUGGGAAGGCAUAUCAGAAUGAGUUUUUCCCCACAAAAGGGCUUUAUUACAAACAGAAAUACUCCACAGUUUCAUCAGCUGUCCAGGUGCACAUUUUAGAGUGGCCUUUUAUUGUUCCCAGCACUAGGUGCACCUGUGUAAUGAUCAUGCUGUUUAAUCAGCUUCUUGAUAUGCCACACCUGUCAAGUGGAUGGAUUAUCUUGGUAAAGGAGAAAUGCUCACAAACAAGGACGUUAACAAAUUUUCACACACAAUUUGAGAAAUACGCUUUUUUAUUUCAGCUCAUGAAACAUGGGACCAACACUUUACAUGUUGCAUUUAGAUUUUUGUUCAGUAUAAAAUAUAGUAUGUUUAUUUAUGUAGGCCUAUAUUUUAUUUUGGAAGGAACAUGCCCGUAUAUUCGCUAUAUGUGGCUCAAGUGGACCUACAGUAUUGGUUUUGAGAGGCCCCAUCUGCAACAUAUUGAGCACUGUGCUCCAGAUAAUACCUAUCUAUCAUCUGUGCACAAUCAUCUUUCAUCCAUGAGCAGGUUGAUUGACAGUUGAAAGGGAAACUUACUUAAGGUGCUCUGUAGUUAUUGCACUGGUCACUCAGUGAUCGAAGCGAUUUAAAGUCUAUCAUCGUGUCCGAGAGCAUCCAUUUUCACUGAUCUACAAAUGGACUGAUCCACUGUAGUUUGGGUCUAUUUAUGAUGCCAAAUGAUUUGUAGAUCAGUCAGUCUGCAGUUGCUGACGACUGCAACAUAGUUGAUCUAAAACACGCUCAGUGUUGGAGACUUUGAACCUUGAGAGGGGAACUGUGGUUGGCUGAUCUCUCCUCUGUCCCAGAAUUCAACGGUCACCAUCGAGGAGUUCCACUCGCGGCUCCAAGAAGCCACCAACUUCCCCCUGAGACCCUUCGUCAUUCCCUUCCUCAAGGUAACACCUACCUUCUCUCUAUUUCCCCUCUCUCUAUUUCUCUUUCUAUCUGUCUCUCUCUCGUUCUCUCCCUAUGUGGUGGAAAUAUUGAUAAACUGAAUCCAGGCCUGUGCUGUGCGGACGACAGCGUUCCCCUUUGUCCUCUUCACAAGGCGUUUGAUGUUCGGAGGAGGUUUACAAUGAUUCAAGGACUGCAUAUAAUUAGUCAUGAAAUCAGGGGUGGAAAAAGCAGAUGUUUUGUAUUGAAGGAACAGCGAGUGUGCAUCCCAAAUGCCAUCCUCCCCUCAGCAGUCUCCACUGAAAGAUUAUCUGUCUGUCUUAAUGGAAGCUGCUGAGAGGAGAACGGCUCAUAAUAAUGGCUGGAACGUAGCAAAUGGAUUGGCAUCAAACACCUGGAAACCAUGUGUUUGAUGUAUUUGAUACCAUUCCAACUAUUCCGCUCCAGCCAUUACCACAAGCCCGUCCUCCCCAAUUAAGGUGCCACCAACCUCCAGCUAGCUCUGGUCAAAAGUAGUGCACUAUAUAGGGUACCGUUUGAGACGCAGCCCUAUUCCUUUCAUGAACCAUAGAGGAGCUUCAGAAAUCUUGAACUAAUAAAAAUGCAAAUAUGGUAAUAAAUAAUGAGAAACCGCAAGUACACGGUAGCAUUAUUACAAAUUAGGAAAACAUGGACAUUUCUCAAAUUGAAUAUUCGACGUCAAGACGUUUGUCAUACAAACAGAGAAUUGGGGUUGUGAAUGUAUUUAUUUAUUGCCUUUCGGUCAUUCCCAAGUAACAAUAUAGUUGUAUGCGUUGACUUAACGAGCGACAGGGGUUGCGCUAUUUAAUUGGGCCGUUGAGUAACUUUGCAACAUGGGGGCCUGAAAUUGAAUACUUAUUAAGAGCUACCCUCAUGACAAGCCAACAUAAAUCUUCCAUCAAGUCAAAUUUCUCAGUGUUUUUGCUCCAUUCUUCAGAAGGUGAAAAUCAGCUCUUUUUCCAUGGUUUACCUCUCCUUCACCUUUCAGAACCCCGACUCUCUGAAAGAAUAAAAUACAUUUUUUCUUCUUCUUAAUUUACCAGGCUCCCCAACUUCUCCCGCCCUCCCUCCUUCCCUCCUUAGCACCGUGGCAGUGGAUAGCUCGAAAAGAAAGAGGGACAGAGCUCGGAAGUGUGAAACAUGACUAUAAACCAUUCCCUCCCUCCUUUAAUGGGGCUCAACAGUGCGCCAUAUGGACUCUGUGUCGCAUUAAAAGAAAGCAGUCAUUCAGGCUUGCCCGGCGCCGCCAAUUUCGCAUCCGCCCAGCAGAAAGAGAGACCGGCGCUUAACUGACAGACAACAUAUGUGGUGGACUGAUGUAGCGGUGGCCCUGGGUAGGGGGGGUAAGGGUCUUAAAUGGAGAACGGGGGAAUGAGGAAGUCUAUAAUUAUAAGCACACUCGGACCUGUUGCUCAUUAAGAGAUGGAAAGAGAAAUAGAGAGAGGGAGGGAGGGAGGGAGGAGCCUGCAUCCUCUCAUCAGGCUCGGUGGCCAUUCUGUUCUGCCUCCGCUCAUCACUCUUUUUCUCUCUUUCGCUUGUCCCGCUCUCUUUACCCCCUAUGAGGGGGCCUGCGUUCUGAUUGCACCAUGUGAUGUUUGUCUUCCUCCUCUCCUCCUCUGUAUCGUUCUGUCCCUCCCUCUUCUCUCUCUCUGUCUCAUUUGACCUCCGCAGACUCUCAUUCCACUCAGCCUUGCUUCUACUACACACACUCCCUUACAUGAAGCCUCAUUUCUCCUCCUAUGUGUUUGGGUUUUGCAGUGAUCUACUGAAAGGUGGGCAGCAGAAACAGUCACGGGGCUUACGCUAGGCAGACAGACUGAGACGGCGGCCAUUUUUAACCCCCGUGAGGAGGGGAGAGAGUGUGUGUGUAUGCAUGUGUCUCUGGCCUCUCAGGGAGAGAUCUGCUGUAUGUCUUUCUCCCCCUGGGCCUCCUCAGUGAUACGUCUCUGCCUAGUGUCUCUGCCGUGUCGCCAUGGCAUUUCCGUGAGGACUCCGCAGAGGCUCCAUGACCAUACCGCGAUAUGUAAAUAAGUCGCUGAUGCGUUUCAGGUUUUUCACCAAAAAAUGACAUGUAAUGAUAUUUUGUGGACAUGUCAGUUGGAUUUAAUAGGAAAUUCACUUCGAAUUUGCACAAGAUCAGAUCAGCAUAUUUAACUUUUGAUCAGUAAAGUCAUAGAGAAUGAAAAUAUUCCCAACUAGUUUUGUCAGCUAAGAAAUAGUAGCCAGCUCUUUUAUGGCAACAGUAUGGCAUCUAUACUGUCUCCAUGAUGCCACUGCGUCUACAUGGCGUUUCCGUGGCGUUUCCUUGACAGCCGUGAUCCCUGUAGUUAGAUUUUGUAGGCUUUGAGAAAACAUAAUUACAGGAACUCACAAGAAUACUGUAUAUUAUACUUCUCUCGCUCUCUCUCUGCUUUCCAAAUGACACUCCCCUCCCUUUCUCCCCCCCCCCCCCCAGGCCAACCUGCCCCUACUGCAGAGGGAGUUGCUCCACUGUGCGCGUGCGGCCAAGCAGACCCCGGCCCAGUACCUAUCCCAACAUGAGCACCUCCUGCUCAGCACCACGCUGGCCUCGCCCCCCGACUCCUCAGAACUGCUGCUGGAGCCCAGCGAGAGAGAGAGAGACAUGGCCACCAAGAGACACAGCCCUAACAGGUAGGAGGGAGAGAGAGAGACAUACAGACAGACAAAAUGUACACACACACACACACACACACACACCAAGAGCGACACAGUCCCAACAGGUAGGGGAAAGACUGUCAUAUACAUACAGACAUAUACUGUAGACACACACACACACACACACACAGAGAUCAGAGAGACAGACACACAUCCAUGUAUAGUUUGCAAGCAGCCCCAAACACAACAGACGGCCCUCCCCAAUAUCACACGUACACAUUUCCACUCUCUCUCAUGCCUUCCCUCCCCGACAUCUUUCCUGCAGGGCCAAAGAGAAUGGCUUCCACGAGCGCCCGCCCGCCCCCCUGGAGCCCCCAACCAAGCGCAUCUGCACCAUCAGCCCUGCGCCCCGCCACAGCCCGGCCCAUCCCCUGCCCCUCAGCGCUCAGCUGCACCCCACGCCGCCCCCACUGCAACACUACGCCCUGGAGGACAUCAGCGCCCCCCACCUACUGCACCGUGAGAGCCGGAUACUGGAGCUCCGCGAGCUGAAGGACAGGCCCAGACUACCAGGUAGAUAAAACACAUGUUUACUGUACACACCUACUGGUGGUCCUGUGUGGCUCAGUCGGUAGAGCAUGGUGCUUGCAACGCCAAGGGAUUGUGGGUUUGAUUCCCGCUGGGGCCACCCAUACAAAAUAAUUGGAGAGAGAGAGACCUCGAAGAAGAGACACACACAAAACAAAUACAACCCAGAUGCAUAUACAAGCUCAGGGUUUAGCCCUACAUGAACAGAUGUAGGUAUCCUUGAUUCUCUCACAUUGAUCCCUCUGCUGUUUUCCACAACACUCGUAAGGGAUGACUCAAGCAACACAGAGGUUGCAUCAUAAAACAGCACUCUUUCUCACUCACACACAACCAGCCUUUAGUGUGGUCGAUAUGAAAGCUGCUAAUGGGUGGUCUGUGUGGGUGUCCAUGCGAGCAAGUGUGUGUGUGUGGACAUGCACAGCAAACGGCAUAGAAGUUCUCCGAAGGCCAUAAAUCCAUGGACCCCACGUGUGCUUAGAAAGUGUGCCAAACUACCCAGGAAGUAGUGUACCUUUGAGAGAAGAUUGUAUCUAGUUCAUUGUAAAUCUGCGUGCCAUCUGGUCCCUGUCAAUGUCAAUGGCCAGAUGGGAUAUUCAACAAAGUAGACACACACUCGCAUAAACACAGAAGCGAACACACACACACACUACCCCCCCCCCCCCCCCCCCCCCCCCCCCCACCACCACCACCACCACACACAUAGUGCCCUAAGGAAACGACAGUAGUUCAUGCCGAGGCACACCUUUAGGGAGUCGAAGCAGGGGGGGGGGGGGGGGUUGUUUACGAGCGUUGCGUCCCAAGGUGCAGUAAGCCAUCCAGCCUGUUCACCGCCACAUCUCAGAGAGCUUUGAACUGGGGAGCGCUGAUGAGAAACAGCAGCAGGGGUGGAGACAGGGGAGAAGGAGAGAGGUGUGUGGGGUGGAUAGAUAGUGUGUGUGUGUGGGGGGGGGGUAGUGUGUGUGACCAUUAAUGAGCCAAUAUGUAUGUAUGUGUGUGUUUGUUCCUUUUUGUCGUUCAAGUGUGUAUUUGUGUCUUUGAAUGUUGUGUUAUAUGUUUGUCUGUUCGUGUGUGUUUGCCUCUCUUUGUGUGUUUGUGUGUGCUAUCUCUUCCCUGCACUCAUCCAAACCAGAGCGGGUAUCAGCUCUGCUUAGCCAGGGGGUGGCUGUGUUUAGAAGUGGGCCUGCGCCACACGGCCUGAACAGCUCCCUCCAUGGAAUGCUGCUGGCUUCAGACCAUGGGGAGGGGAUGCCCACUACUCCCCGACAGUUACCCAGCCACAGGGGGCAGAAAUGGGGAGGAGAGGGGGGUGGGGAUGGUGUCGGUGGUUUUACACUGACAGCUGACCUCCAGAUGUGGGGGAGUCCCAGCGCUGCUGCAUGCCGUGACUGGGCCCGGGGUCUGGUUCUCAUCAAAAGACCUCUCUCUGUCCCCUCUCCCUCUGUCUUUCAUCCGCUCGCUCUCUCUUUCUUUAUCGCUCUUCUUUCUUUUCAUCUCUUUUCAUCUCUUUUUUUUUUACUCUUUCUUAGUUUUUACGUCUCUCGCUCUGAUAUCACUGAGUGUACAAAACAUUAGGAACACCUUCCUAAUAUUGAGUUGCACCCGCUUUUGCCCUCAGAACAGCUUCAACUCGUCAGGGCAUGGACUCGACAAGGUGUCGAAAGCGUUCCACAGGGAUGCUUACCCAUGUUGACUCCAAUGCUUCCCACAGUUGUGUCAAGUUGGCUGGAUGUCCUUUGGGUGGUGGACCAUACUUGAUACACACGGAAACUGUUGAGCGUGAAAAACCCAGCAGUGUUGCAGUUCUCGACACAAACCGGUGCGCCUGGCAUCCCUGAUCAUACCCCGUUCAAAGGCACUUAAAUAUUUUGUCUUGCCCAUUCACCCUCUGAAUAGCACACAUACACAAUCCAUGUCUCAAUUGUCUCAAUGCUUAAAAAUACUUAUUUAACCUGUCUCCUCCCCUUCAUCUACACUGAUUUGAAGUGGAUUUAACAAGUGACAUCAGUAAGGGAUCAUAGCUUUCACCUGGAUUCACCUGGUCAGUCUGUCAUGGAAUGAGCAGGUGUUCCUAAUGUUUUGUAUUCUCAGUAUUGCCCUUAUCCCCUACUGAAUAUCUCUCUCUCUCUCUCCCCUCCCUUCUAUCCUUAACUCUUUUGCCACUCUUCGUCUUUCACUCCUCCUCUUCCUCUCUCUUGUGUAUGAGGAAGCGAAACAGUUAAGCUAGUAGCGAGAUGGUAGACCACAGCUUGUCACUAAGCUAUGGUCAUGACAUGGAAUGUUGUUGUGAAAUAAGACCAUCUAAAUGUUAUUGUGGGAUUGACUAUUAUGAUUAAUGGACACCACUUUCACCCCCUUCUCUCCGCCUCUCUUCCUGACAUAUUCAUUUGUAAUGACGUGUUCCUUUUUAAUCACCACUUUAAUCUUUCAUUUGUCUCGUCUAUCUAAUCAGGCACUAACGGGGGCUACCGGGAGGAGCCCGUGGACCACAGGCUGACAGACAGAGAGUGGGCCGACGAGUGGAGGCAUCUGGAUCAUGUAAGUACCGCUGCUGACAGUAGACGCCGCUACCACCACUGGAACUAUAAGUGCCGUAGCUCCUCUCAAUGCCUGGUGGAGCCAUCGAGGCUGUGUCAGACUGGGUGUCCCUUUCACAGUGGUGGACUUGUGUUAAAGCAAUCGGCUGUCUACAUUCGAGAGCCUUGCGCUCCAGUAGUGAUUGACUGCGCAAAGCAGGAGUCCUACCCAAUGAAAUGAUAUUUAUUUUGUCUCACAAAACAGGCCUGUGUAUUGAGACUCGUUAUGCACCCCAAUUAACACUACUGUAUAUAGCUAUUACUUAGCCCCACGUUAUGACAUAUACCACAGGAGGUUGGUGGCACCUUAAUUGGGGAGGACGGGAUCAUGGUAAUGGCUGGAGAAGAAUGAGUAGAAUGGGAUCAAAUACAUGGUUUCCAGGUGUUUGAUGCUAUACCAUUGGCUCCAUUCCGGACAUUAUUAUGAGCAGUCCUCCCCUCAGCAGCCUCCACUGACAUAUACUGUAUCUUUAGAGGUAAGCUAUAUCUACUGCAGUAGUGUAGAUAUAGGACAUAUUUUGUGGUUGGGCAUUUGGAAAAUUGGGUGGGCCAGAACUGAAGCCCUCCAUUGUAUCUACUUGCUAUCUAAAAAGGCUCUAAUAUCAAAAUCAAUUAAGAUAAAAAAAUAUAUAUACAAAAAUGGAUCUCUCUGAAGGUCCCCUCUUUCUGUCUCCGUCCCUCCCGUCUCCAGGUGUUGAACUGCAUCGUGGACAUGGUGGAGAAGACGCGGCGCUCGGUGGCCGUGCUGCGCCGCUGCCAGGAGUCCGACCGCGAGGAGCUCAACUACUGGCGGCGGCGCUCCAGCGAGCAGGAGGACCCCCGCAAGGGAGGGGCCGCCACCAUGCCCGCGCCCUUCUCCAAGACCCACAGCCCCCACACGGCCGAGGGACUCACCAAUGGUGGGUGGUCUUCUGUCUUUACAUUACAACUAACUCUUAUGAGCUCAAAUCCAUGGGUGAGAAGUUAAGUUCAUUUCUACCCUUAGGAUUUGGCCUUUAAUGAAUCAAUACAUUAUAUAUAUAUAUAUAUAUAUAUAUAUAUAGAUCUGUCGAUCAGGUGUGUAUCUUGUCAGGUGGGAUUCCUGGGGUAAGGGAGUAAAAACUAGUAUGGCCCCUUGAUGGUGAGCUGCUGAAGCAACCGCCUGCUACUGAGCUCCCACAUGGUCGCACACAUAAACCCACUGCCCUCUGGUGUUCAUCUACAGAACUACACCCAUCAACACACUAAUGACACAUUUCGAACCUAUACAGGAUGCAUUCCAAAUGGCAUCAUAUUCUGUAUAUUGGUAAGGAAUAAGCUGCCAUUUGGGAUGCAGACUAAGUCUUGCUGGCAGUGUUUGUCUCUCAGUGCUCGUCUGCUCCUCUCUCCUGGGCCCAUGCUGCUCCAUGGCCCCCAGACAGGUGCCAACGCUGCCCCCGUCCAGAUUGGCCACAGAAGGCCCUGGCAGUGACAGCCUGCCAUCCUGUAAGACCCAGAGCUGGCUGCCCGCCGCCCGGCCGGAGUGCCAUCUGUGUGCCCAGCAGUGUGUCUGGGCACAGUGUACACAGUCCAAACCCAGCCCGGGCACCACAGAGCUUGGGCAUAGGUCUGGAUUGAGAAGAGCGGCUCAGAGAGAGAGAGAGAAAAGAGAGAGAAGAGAGGGAUAAAGAGUGAGAGUGAAAACAAACAGGAUGUAGCUACAGCUUGGUUGUCAGCUCCUCUGCCCUAGCCAAUGUACUCCCUCUUCAAGCUGCCCGGCUAUUCGGUUAAUUUGGACAACUGGGGAAGGUUGAAUUGGUGUGGUUAGUGAGGGGAUUGUAUAUCCCAAGUUAAUAGAGCGGAUGGUGCUAUCUCACACAAGUCUGCCGGGUGCUAACUUUUUUUUUUUUUUUUUUUUUUUUUUUACAGAAUCCCAGAGAGACUUUGCGCCGCGGCCUGGCUCGGGCUACGUGCCGGAUGAGAUCUGGAGAAAAGCUGGUAAGGGCUGGUACAACAGUGUUCAAUGUCCCGUGUGUGCAUUCAACAUGAAAUGUUCUUCUUCUUCCCCUCUCUAUCUCUUUUUCUCUCCCUCUCUCGCUCAUGAAAAAAAUAUUAUUGAAAAACAUUUGAUAUAAAGGAGCCCCCUUCAUCCAUCUACUAUAACCACUAUGUAUCCUAAAACCACCACAUGGACUAAAACCUGACCCCCUGUGUCCCCUCUCUCACAGAAGAGGCAGUGAAUGAAGUAAAGCGUCAGGCCAUGGACGAGGUGCAGAAGGCUGUGGCUGAGGCGGAGCAGAAGGCCUUUGAGAUGAUCACGGCUGAGCGCGCCAAGAUGGAGAAGACGCUGUCCGAGGCCAAGAGGAAGGCCACCGAGGACGCCAUCCAGGUCAUCAACGAGCAGGAGGACUCCAGCGAGGUUCGGAGGAUAGAUUAGUGCAUAAGUACAUAACUGUGUACACUCUUAGGAAAAAAAAGGUGCUAUCUAGAACCUUAAAGGGUUCUUCGGCUGUCCCCAUAGGAGAACCCUUUGAAGAAGCCUGUUUUUGGUUCCAGGUAGAACCCAUGUAGAACCCUUUCCACAGAGGGUUCUACAUGGAACCUGAAAGGGUUCUCCUAUGGGGACAGCUGAACUGUUUUGGAACCCUUUUUCUAAGUGUACACACAUACUGUGAAGAGAGAGUCAUAGUGAGCACAUAUGAAUAAUAGUCAAAGCUGCAGGACAUGUAGAUGCACUACUGUGGUAUUUACAUACUACUUGCCUAGUAUACUUUGUCCAUUUCUCCAUAAAUAUAGUGUACACACACUCUUCCUCUCCCCCUGCACGUAGUCUACACAUACACAGCUGUAGUCUAUUAUUUAUCUCUAUACUAAACCUCUCCAUUUCGCUCUCCCUGCAGUGCUGCUGGAACUGUGGGCGCAAGGCCAGCGAGACGUGCAGCGGCUGCAACGCGGCGCGCUACUGCGGCUCCUUCUGCCAACACAAGGACUGGGAGCGCCACCACCUCAUCUGCAGCCCCGGCCUGCAGGCCCAGCCCAAGCCUGUGUCCGCCAUCACCGCAGCCAGGGCCGCUGCGGCCGCUGCAGAUGUUACCACAGGGGCCAAGGCCCCAGAGAGUGUACCAACCGCUGCCAGCCCUGGGGGGGAGAAGGGGUCGAAUGCCUCUCGUUCCUCCACCCCGUCCACUCCUACAUCAGUGUCAGAGAGCAACGGGCACUAAGACUAGGACCAUGGAGGGUGGUAGUGAUACUGGCUCUCACUCAAGAUGGCCUCCGUUCCCCUUUUCCUUCCAUUCUGUUGUUCGUGACUGUUCAUAAUGGACGCCCCAAAAUGGCUUCCUUGCUCUGUUUCCCGUUCCUCUCGAACCGCUGACAGGUGAAAGAAGCUAGUGUCCAUUGUUCCAUCGUUUUGGCUUUCACCAGACAAAUAACUUUAGGUCAGCGGUUGUGAGGGAGUGGAGACGAGGGAAGGAAGCUGUUUUGAAGAAUUACGUUGACCCAAUGUCUGUGACAUGAAGUGAUGUCACAGACAUUGCGUGAAAGGAGGAGGAAAUUAGGUCAUGUUACACCCAGAAAGAGGAGAAACUGUGGGGAAGGGAGGGAUUGCUUUUGUAAUGGUGGGCAGAAGACACUCAUCUGCUUUGGGACUCGGAGGAUCCAUUUUCAACAGUUGGACAAACAGACAAUCCACCUGACAGAUGGACACUUGUUUCACUUCAUCCAAAAUAACAAUCCCAAACAGAGAUGAGACGACUAAGGACUGACUUCAGACAAUGUUUUUGUCAUUUGUAUUGUUUUAAGAGGACUGAGGGGGAUGUAUGAGAUUUGGAACGGUCAUUUAUACCCAAGGGUGAAAGUGAUGGUUGAAGUACAUAUUUCCUAGUUUACUGUUGUGUUUGUAUAUAAAGCUAAGGGAAAAGAGGGUUAUGGGUCUGUGUUGACAGUACCAGAGUUCCUCAUCGUGGAAAGACAUUUUGGAGGUGACACGAUAGUGAAGUCACCUCCACAAUCCUGUUUGUAUAGCUACUUUUCUUGAUCGCACAAGUUAUUCGUCAGGUUCCUUUUUGUGUGUGUGUACGUACACGUGUCAAAACGGUUGUGCCGUCGGUGGAUAUUGUAAACUAAAACAUUACUACGAAUUUCAGAGCAAUAUAAAAAAAUACAAAGUGUUCAGGUAUUCACAAGCUGUUAUGCAUCACCAAAGUUUUCAAUUGCUAAACAAGUGUCAUUGCCUGUAACUGUCUAUUGUUGUACACAGAAUAAAUAUACAGAAACACUGUUUCUUGUCUUGUUCUAUGAUGCGUAUAGUUAUCUAUUGUCAUUUUCACCCAUUUGUCCACACUGAGCUUAUAGAAUAAAUAAGAUGGUAAGAUAGAAAAUAGUGUAAAGAUGAAGAAACUGCACAUUUCUAGAAGUUUAGCAAUCUACUACAGUCAUUGCUUAGCUUCAUGUCACCCGUUGUACAAUUCUGGGUCAGAUGUCUUCAGAUUUUAUGAAGUUUGCACCGGUUUUCCAUUAGGAAUAUAAUACUGUAUUAGGUACAGUAUAGUCUAAUGGAAAUAAAAGUAUGCUUCAUUUACUUUUUUAUG